GCCGGCCGAGCACCCAGGUGUCCAGGCUCUGCCACCUGCUGCCCUCGACACCCAGGAAGAUGGCCACGCUGUGGACCUGCACCCUCACCCUCCUCUGCGGUUUCCUGGCAGCCACCAUGGCCCAAGCCACCUUCAGCACCCCCGCGGUCCUCAUCCUGGGCCCAGAGGUCAUCAAGGAAAGGCUGACCCAGGAGCUGCAGGACCACAACGCCACCGCCGUCCUGCAGCAGCUGCCGCUGCUCAGCGCCAUGCGGGAGUCCUCCAGGCGCAGCUUCCUGCUGAGCGGCCUGCUGGACACCAUCCUGAGGCACGUGGUCUGGCUGAAGAUCACGUCCGCUGCCAUCCCCCAACUGCAGCUUCAACCCUCAGCCCAGGACCAGGAGCUGGUAGUCAAGAUCCCCCUGGACCUGGUGGCUGGACUCAACACGCCCCUGGUCAAGAGCGUGGUGGAGCUGCACAUGCAGUCCGAGGUCCAGGCCCACGUCACAGCCACGGCCAGUCCGGCGGGCCCCGCCCUCCUCGUCCUCAGCGACUGCUUCAACAGCCAGGGCAGCCUGCGCAUCAGCCUGCUCAGGAAGCUCUCCUUCUCUACCAACCUGGUAGUGAAACAAGUCACCAGCCUCUUGAUGCCAGCCCUGCCCAGACUGGUGAAAACCCAGCUGUGUCCCGUGAUCCAGGGCGCCUUCGAGGACACGUACGCGGGCUUCCUGCGGCUGGUGCGGGUGCCCAUCCCCCUGAGCCCCGGAGACCUACUGUUUGACCUUCUGUCUUCUGCCAUCGAGGACAACGCCAUCCAGCUCAACCUGCAGGCCAAGCUGCUGGACUCACAGAGAGAGGUGACCCACUGGCUCAACGACACCUCGGCCUCCCUGGCGGUGCCCGCCCUGGGCAGUGCCCCGUUCACCUUUGUCCUGAGGCAGGACGUGUUGAAUGCGGUGGUGGCGGCUCUGUUCCCCCCAGAAAAACUCGCGGUCCCGUUGGACUACGUGCUUCCUGACCUGGCCGGGGAGCUGAAGUCCGGCAUCAAAGGGAUCAAUGAACAGGCUGCAGGUAAGCUGGACCGCACCCAGCUGUUGAAGCUCCAGACUCGGAAGACCCCCCAGCUCCUUCUGAGCCGGGCCGGCGCCCAGGCAACCCAGCUGAUCGUGUUGGACCUGUUUCCCACCAAUAAAGCCCAACGGCCGCUCUUCACCCUGGGCAUCGAAGCCAAGUCGGAGGCUCAGUUCUACCCGCAAGGUGACCGACUGGCGCUCAACUUUAAUAACAUCAGUAUUGAUCGGAUCAAACUCAUGAACUCGGAUAUGAAGCUGUUUAACCCUGAGCUUCUCAAAGACACCCUCUCCAGGAUCCUGGAGUCCACGCUGCUGUCCACGGAGAACGGCAAAUUAAGAGCUGGGAUCCCCAUGUCGAUGGUGAAGGCCUUGGGAUACGAGUCAGUGACCCUGUCUCUGACCACGGAUGCCCUGGUGCUCACGCCCGCCGACUCCUAGAACCCGCUCUCCGGUCUCCUGGUGCAGACGUGGACGGAGGCCGUCCAGCGCAGGCUGGCUCCCAGCUGGAAGUCUUCCUCUCCACAACCAAUAAACGCUUACCCGUGAGCCCUGCCGUCUGCAGUGUGACUGU